CAACAAGCACCCGAUUCGUUUUUAUAACUGAUUGAAGCGAUUCAACGGAUAAUCUCCCUCCACAAAUUUUUUCAGUCAGAGGGGGAGCAUGGCGUCCUCUGCUCAUAUCUCCGCUAUCCCUCAACGCUUCUCUUUCUCCUCUAAAACUUCGUCUCGUCACUCGUUCAAAUCCAACUCAAUCGGGAUUCGAGUGAGAUCAAGUUUGGAAAAUGAGAACCGCUCUUCUGAAGUUCCCGACCAGUUCUUGGAAUCAAUCGAGGAGUCUCAAGCAUCAACAUCAAGGCGUCGGUGCAUUAGUUGUUUAUGCUCAACUUUGGUGCUGAUUAGUAAUGCUGGAACCUCCAUCUCCAUCCCAAAGGCAGUUGCUUUAGAUGGAAAAGAAAGAGCUGUAUGCCGAAAUUGCGGAGGCAGUGGUGCUGUACUUUGUGAUAUGUGUGGUGGUACAGGAAAAUGGAAAGCUCUGAACAGAAAACGUGCUAAGGAUGUUUAUGAGUUUACAGAAUGCCCUAAUUGCUAUGGUCGGGGCAAACUUGUAUGUCCUGUUUGCUUAGGUACUGGUUUACCAAAUAACAAAGGUCUUCUAAGGAGGCCUGAUGCAAGGCAAUUACUUGAUAAGAUGUAUAACGGUCGGCUAUUGCCUGGAUCUUGAGCUACUCCGACGAGUACAAAAUUUUGGGAACAUUGUUAUGGAAUUUUGAUUGUAAGAUUAUAUGAGAAGGUGAAUGUAGCCAGCAACAGUAUCAGUGCAUAGUCUGAGCAUUACCUCCAUGCCUAGCACACAUCAGGAGCUUUUUCUUCUUUGAUGUAGUUAUAGAAAUAACCUAAGCUUUGAUUUUAUGUAUGCCAUGCUGUUUCAUUCAAAGUAGGUCCAAUCAGAGGACAGUGAACCAUCUCCUUUCUUCCCUACUUGAAACAUGAGAUGCAUGUCCACUGCAUAAACAGUUAUAAGAGAACCUAAUGGUGCUUUGCCUUGUGUUGGUUGAUGGGUGAUCAUCUGUACUUGGGUACCAGAUUCAAUGUAGUAGUUUUCAAAUGUAAUUUUAGACAAGGUUGUAAGAUACAUUUGUUUCUGAAAUGAUUAGAUCAAUUCAUCUGCUCUUGCAGUGUA